AUGAAUGUUGAAACCCAGAGCAGCUUAUAUAACAAAUUUAAAGACCAAUUAGAUAAAUUGAAAAAUAAGGAAAAGCCACCUGUUGUCUUUGCACUACAUGAAUUAAAUUGUGAUGACACAAAGCAAUUUUUCUAGGUAACUACUGAGUUAAUCUCAUCUGGCAUCAAUUUCGCAAUUGCUAAAUAAAUUGAUAAGAGGAUGUGGCACAUUCUUAGGCAAUAAAUUGAUAUUGAAUUAAAAAGCAUAUCUCCAGAUGUAGAGGAAGAAAUCAAGUAAUUUUAUGAUCUUCGCAUUAACUUUCUUAAAACUAUUAUCAAAAACCUGACUCAAUAGAAUUAAUUAGGAGGAUUGAAGAAUGAUAACGAAUUCAGAUAAUUUUUAGCAAAUUUAUAUUGUUAUGCAGGGGAAUUACACGAACAUCUAGGCAAGAGAUUAGAGAAGAUGAACAAACAACCAAAGGAUAAUUAUAAGUUGGCUGAUCUUUUCUUUAAUAAGGCUAUUUCAAUCUAUCCCUUUUAAGGAAAAUACUACUUCUUAGUAGCUACGUUAAUGAUGUAGUUUAAAGACACAUUCAAUGCGGCUUGUAGUUUGUAAAAGGCUCAUUUUGCUCAGAUACCCUAUAAUUGCAAAGAAAAUAUGAAUGAAGUGUUUGAAAUAAAUAGAACUCAUUAUAAUGAUUGGGCAAAACAUAUAAAACCAGCUAGUGAAUUGGAUCGAGAUACUUAUUUAAGAGCCUUUAUGGUGUAUUUAAUAAGGUUCAGUACGAUCGUUUUCACUAAAAUUGGUUUUGAAGAAUUGCCUAAAUUGACUAAUAUGUAUUAGCAUUUGUAGGAGUAUUUUAAGAUAGUAAAAACGAAUGUGCAUAAUGAUCACAAGCAAUAAUAUCAAUUGCUAUUAAAGGUCAUAAUGAUAACCAAUUUUGGUUUGCACAACAGCAUAACUACAUUCCAAUUGAAAACUGUUCAGGAUAUCAAGGAUAAUGAUUUAGUGAGAGAAUCAAUCAAGUAUGUUUAUGGAUUAUAUGUGAAUUCACUUGAUUUUAUUUUAAAAUAUUUGCUUUAGAAUUCGAUGAAGAACUUAGAUUAGGUGCCUCCAGUGACAUUUUUAUAGUUGGUAAUUCCAAUCAUCUACUAUUUAUAUGAUUAACCAUUGGUUUGUACAUAUUUGUUGUCUGAAUAUCCUAGUUUAAAUGAUAAAUUGGCAUAAAUCUUUUUAUAUUCAAGAUAGAAUUUGUAUUAGGCUGAGAAUAUGAGUGGCGAUUUAUUUUAAUAUCAAUAAAAGUUGAAUGAGGAAUUUCACGCCUUUUUAUUUCCUUUUGAAAUGCCUCUAGUAGGAUUCACUUGUUAUAAUCAUGUACUACAGACAUUCAAACAACAAUCUUCAACCUAUAAAGAUGAAGACAGUUAGACAUCAAUAAUAUUGUUUUAUGUUUGCGAACAAAUAAUAUAAUAAUUGCAUGGCAUUCAAAUAUAGAAUGUGAAGGAACAAAAGUGGGAAGAAGAAAUUCCAAAAGAAUUGAUUAGGAAACUAAUAAUAAUUGAUGGAAUGAAUGUGGCAAUGAGAUAUGGGUAGGAAUAAUCUUAGGUGGCAAAGUUUUGUUCUUAGGGAUUGAAAUGUGCCUUAGAAUUUUGGGUUAAGAGAGGACAUGAUGUUAUGAUCAUAUUGCCUGACUUUUGUUUUAACGAGAGCGAGAUAAGCAAAAAGAAACUAACAAAUUAAAACAAUGCCAACAAAUUGCCUGAUGAUGUCAAGAUGUUAUUGGAGAUGAAGAAUAAAGGGUAUGCUUAUGGAGUUCCAAAUUGGAAUUAUGAUGACUCUUAUAUGAUUCAAUAUGCAAGAGAAAAGGGAGGAUUGAUUUUGACCAACGAUCGAUAUAAUGAUCACAUUAGAGCUCUGGAAAACAAUAUUGUAGAAAGAGAAAGAUUGAAGGAAUGGAUCAGAAACAAUUGUAUCAGUUAUACCUUUCUAUAAAAUGAAUUGGUUCCUAACCCUGAUCAAUUAAAAAGAAUUUGA